UAAGUGAACAAGGGAAACUUGGAGCGCAGGGAGAAAAAGGACCAGUGGGUAUUAAAGGGUCGAGAGGAAAGACAGGAGAGACUGGAGAACGAGGCAAAUAUGGACCCAUGGGACCUCUGGGACCUAAAGGGCCUCCUGGAGAAAAAGGCACACCAGGACCUCCUGGACCUCCAGGUAACAUAGGGGUCAAAGGUCAACCAGGCCCAAAGGGGGAAACGGGACUUCCUGGAAAAAGAGGCAGCAAAGGCAUUGCUGGAAAACCGGGAGUCCAAGGUCUGAAAGGAAAACAUGGUUCUCGUGGGAAUCCAGGAAAACCAGCGAGUAUCAGUGUUACUCAGAACUACAAUUUAAUGUCUGAUCUACUCUAAUAA